AUGCACGAGGCACCUCCUCCUCCCUACGAGCUCGAAUCGACCGGCUCGUUGCUGUCUACCAAGGCAGUCCUGACAUCCGAUGGCAGACUCGACAUCAACCUCUCUUCCUCCAAUGCAGCCAAGCUUCGCAGCCUCAUUCCCGAUCCUCCACCCAAGUCUCCACGUCAUCAGCCCGCCACUCGGCCGUACUUGCAGGACAAGACGACACCAUGUCCCAGCCUCAACAUUGUCAUACAUGUCGUCGGAAGCAGAGGUGACGUCCAGCCAUUCAUCGCCUAUGGCACCGCCUUGCAGCGCUACGGCCACAGGGUCCGACUAGCCACUCAUGGGUGCUUCGACAAGUUCGUGCGGGAUUCUGGCCUCGAGUUCUACGAUAUUGGCGGCGACCCGACUGAUCUCAUGGCUUACAUGGUCAAGAACCCGAGCCUCAUGCCCUCCUUCGAGUCCGUACGCGGAGGCGACAUUGGCCGGAAGCGCAAGAUGAUGAUCGAGAUGCUGCAGGGCUGCUGGAACUCGUGUAUCGAGCCCGACGCAAUCACCGGCGCCCCGUUUGUCGCUGACGCCAUCGUCGCCAACCCGCCGAGCUUUGCCCACGUCCACUGCGCCCAGGCCCUGGGCGUGCCCGCGCACAUCAUGUUCACCAUGCCGUGGAGCGCGACGCGCGCCUUCCCGCAUCCGCUGGUCAAGAUGAGCGGCGAAAGAGGCGCGGGGUCCAUUGAACCGGGCGUUGCAAACUGGCUGUCGUACGGCCUGGUGGACCUCAUGACGUGGCAAGGGCUCGGCGAUGUGAUCAACGGCUGGCGCAAAAAGGUCCUCGAGCUUGAUGCCGUGCCCAACACCAUGGGUCCGUUCCUCGUCAACCAUCUCAAGAUUCCGCACACAUACUGCUGGUCUCCCGCCUUGGUGGCCAAGCCCAGCGACUGGAGAGAGGAGCUCGAUGUCUGCGGCUUCUUCAUUCGCGACGAGCCUGACUACGACCCGCCCGCGGACCUCGCCAAUUUCCUUGCCGCAGGACAACCACCCGUGUACGUCGGGUUCGGCAGCAUCGUGCUCGAGGACCCGGAGCGCUUGCACGCCGCGAUAGUAGAGGCGGCGCGGGUCAGCGGGGUGCGGCUCGUCAUCUCGCGGGGCUGGAGCAAGCUCGGGGGUGACAGGAUCGGCGACAAGAAUACUUUUUACCUCGGAGACUGCCCGCAUGAGUGGUUGUUCAAACAGGUCGUGGCGGUCAUCCACCACGGAGGAGCAGGCACGACGGCGUGCGGGCUCAUCAACGCCAAGCCAACCCUCAUCGUGCCGUUCUUUGGCGACCAGCCAUUCUGGGGCAAAGUCGUAGCCAGCGCUGGCGCCGGCCCGGCUCCCAUCCCGCAAAGAGAAGUGAGCGCAGACAACCUGACCCAGGCCAUCAGGUUCCUCACCUCGGCCAGCGCGUCCGACGCUGCGCAGGGAAUCGCACACAAGAUGCGCCAGGAGUGCGGCGUCCAGGCCGCGGUCGCGUCGUUCCACCGCCACUUGCCCCUCGACGCAAUGGCCUGCCAGAUCCUCCCGGGGCAGGUCGCACGGUGGGUCAUCGGUAAAAAGGCGAAUCGUGUCAGGCUUUCGGACCAAGCUGUUGCCGUUUUGGUUGCGAGCGGGCUGGUCAAGCUAGACGAUUUGAAAGCGCUCCGCGUCAAGGAGUUCGACACGGACGUCAAGCGGUGGGAUCCAAUCUCUGGCGGCGCGGCCUCGACGCUCGGGAUGCUGACCGACCUCACCGUCUCCCUGGGCGAUUUCUUCGUCGACCCUUACAAGGCUUACAAGGAGCGCGCUGCUGCUCCAGAUAAGAACUCUGCCGCGGCAGCCGGCAGAGCGGCAGUAGCUGUGGGCGGCGGGGUCGUCAAGGUGUAUGGUGUGGUGCUCCAGGGCGUAUUCGUCGACGGGCCAGUCGCCAUGGCAGAGGGCAUGAGGAACGUACCGAGGCUUUACGGUGAGGAGGUGAAGCAACAAGGCAAGGUGACGGACUGGAAGAGCGGCGGCGCAGUUGCUGCCAAGAACUUUGGAUCCGGAUUCUACCGCGGGAUAACGGGGUUCGCCAUACAGCCAUGGCAGGGCGCCAAGCAGGAAGGCUUUGUAGGCUUCCUCAAGGGUGCUGGGAAGGGCACGAUCGGCCUCGUGACCAAGCCCACCACAGCGGUACUUGGUCUGGUGGGGUAUCCAGCCCUCGGGAUUCAUAAGUCACUGACGGCCAAGAAGGGGAGGGACCAGGCGGUGUUGAGAUCCAAGGGAGCUCAGGUCGAUGCCGUAGCAUCGCAUAUGCACGCCCUUCAAGAUGGGCAGUUACGGUACAUUACUACGCGAUUCCGGCAGCUAUACUUGGGGGCCUGA